UCUCAUCCCAUACCUAUAGAUUUCACAUUAUGGCGUUUGCUAAGGUUAUCAUAGCAAUUCUUCUUGCACUCACUAUGGUCGGAAUUAGACCCUCGGCAUGCCAAACAGUAGAAGGCAAAGUCUCAUGCUCUGACUGCACUCACAACUACAAUUUCUCUGGCAUUAUGGUCGCAGUGAAGUGUGAAGGUGUGAAAAAGGUUGCUGCGGCGACAACAGAAGAGAAGGGUUUCUUUAAGGUUGAUCUUCCCAGAGACCAUGAAAAAGCUCUCUCAGAGAAGUGUCUUGCGAGACUUCUUGGGGGGCCAAAUCAGCUGUAUGCUACAGAGAAGAACCAGGUCUCUGAAAUUGUGAAGGAAAAAGAGAAAAACACUUACACAAUUUCCACUCCUCUUAGUUUCUUGAGAUCGUGUCCUAAGAAUACAGAAUGCAAGGUUACUGAUAAGCAGUUCAGUUCAUCCAAAUUGGAUCUUCCUCUGCCUCCAGGGUGGGGUUUGCCACCCAAUAGCUUCCAUCUUCCUUUUUUCCCCCUCUUUGAUUCGCCCAUUUAACAGGUCAAAUCUGGGAAGAAAAAAAAACAGUGUUCAUAUAUAUGCAUAUCAUGUGUGUAACAUGGAAGAAUUUCAUAUAAAUCUCAAUGUGUGUCUUCAAGGGAGUUUAUUUCGGCCACAGAAAUAAAAUUUCGUUUUAA